AUGAAAGGGGGUGUUUAUAAUGUAUGUGGGCAAGACCCUGAUUUAUGGUCAUACUUUGAAGCAUGUGACUUAAUUAAGAGUAUGGGUUCAUCGUUUAAAAUUGAAGAUGUGAAAAUAUGGUGGAAGUUUGAACAUGGCUCGCUUGAAAAUUAUCUAAAACCCCUUGUUAAUGAUGAGGAUGCAACAAUAGAGAGGUUAAAAGAGAAAGAAAAAGACCAUGAUAAUAUUAAGGAAAAUGAAGAUGGUGAGGACAGUGAAUCAUCUGAAGACUCUUUGGAUGUUAUACACUUUGAAGAUAGUGAAGAGGAGAUGAUGCACGAUUUUGAUGAAGACAUAGGUGAAGAGUUAAACAAUAGAGUGGAUAAUGGUGCUGGUACAGGUGGAGUAUAUAAUGGUGAUGGUAUAAGUCAAAUAGAUAAUGUUGAUGGUACAAGUCAAAUGGAUAAUGGUCAAGGAAUACAUAAAGGGAUGACUACAGUUGAGAUGGAUAGGGAAUAUGUAGUUGAUGAUUAUUACAUCACAAAUGAGCUUGAUAUGGGGCAGACGGUGAUAGUGAUUAUGCAAUUUAAAAAGGUUGUACUGGAACACAAUGUGUUGAAUGGUAGGGAGGUUAGGUUUGCCAAAAAUGAUGGGCAAGGUGUAGGGUUAUUUGUAAGGACAAACAACAAUAAGCACAAAUAUGGAAGAAAGUUCUUCAACAAGAAUGCUAAUGCUAAUUGGGUAUCUAGAGUGAUUGUUGACAAGUUAAAGAAUAAUUCAGGUAUGAAAUUAAAUGAAGUUGUAGCAGAUGUAAGAUUGAGUGGUAUAGAUCCUGAUGAAUUAGAGGCAUUGUUGAAUGAUGAUCACAUACUAGAUAUUGCACCAUUAAGAAUUGAUACUAGUCCUGUAAAGAAUAAUAGGCUUGGUCCCAGAACCUUUAUUGGUAAAUGUCCUAAGGUGAAACUAAUGAUAUCACCAAGGAAAAAGUCAAAAAUUGUUGUAUCUCCAAGUAGAAUGAGUGACAGACUUAUGACUUUGAAGACAAAGAAUAUAGAGGGACCUGGAAGGGAUCCAAACGAUCCAUUUGUAAUACCUGAAGAAGACUCGACUAUUGGCAGUACUAGGGGAAGAAGAAAUGGGAUGACAUCUAGAAGAGCGUGA